AUGAAGAAAGUGUACAGUCUUGUGAAUGGUAGCAAAGCCAAGGACCAGGAUGCAGUGCAGUCCGUCCGAAUCAAGCAAAUACAGUUGACAGAGCAGAAACAAGAAUUCAACAAGCGUCCUAUGAAGGCGGUUCCACGUUCGCUGUCUCGCUCCAUCUCGCAGUCAUCCACCGACAGCUACACUUCAGCUGCGGCUUAUACGGGCAGCUCUGAGGACGAAACAUCUCCUCGGAAAAAGGUCCACAAGACGUCAAAAGGCGCUUCUGAUUUUGGUAUCAAGAACAUUAAACAAGCUGAUUUUGGACGUCGUGAAAUCUGCAUUGCAGAGCAAGAGAUGCCGGCCUUGAUGGUCUUGAGGAAGAAAGUGGGCGAGGAGAAACCUCUAGCCGGAGCCAAAGUAAUCGGUUGCACACAUGUAACUGCGCAGACGGCGGUUCUAAUCGAGACGCUGUCAGUGUUGGGGGCUCAGUGCCGCUGGGCCGCUUGCAAUAUCUUCUCUACCCAGAACGCUGUUGCUGCGGCUUUGGCUGAGCAAGGUAUACCUGUAUUUGCAUGGAAGGGGGAAUCGGAAGACGACUUUUGGUGGUGCAUCGAUCGCUGUGUUGGUGCUGAUAUAUGGCAACCCAAUGUGAUUCUCGAUGAUGGUGGCGACCUGACCCACUGGAUCUUCAAGAAGUACCCAAACCUGUUCAAAAAUAUACGUGGCAUCGUGGAAGAAAGCGUCACGGGAGUUUAUCGCUUGUACCAGCUCUCCAAAGCAGGCAAGUUAUGUGUUCCUGCCAUGAACGUCAACGACUCUGUCACAAAGCAGAAAUUUGACAACCUUUAUUGUUGCAAGGAGUCCAUAUUGGAUGGAUUGAGGAGAACCACAGACAUCAUGUUUGGGGGCAAGCAGGUGUUGGUGUGUGGUUAUGGUGAGGUUGGCAAAGGUUGCUGUGCUGCCCUGAAAGCGUUGGGUGCUGUUGUGUACGUGACAGAAGUGGACCCCAUCUGUGCUAUCCAGGCUUGCAUGGACGGCUUCAGAGUGAUACAACUGAGUGAGGUGGUCCGACAAGUUGACAUGGUCGUUACCUGCACAGGAAAUAAAAACGUGGUUGGCAGGGAACAUUUAGAACGGAUGAAGAACGGCUGUAUCGUCUGCAACAUGGGUCACUCCAACACAGAGAUAGAUUUGGCAAGUUUGCGCACGGCAGAGCUGCGGUGGGUGCGUGUCAGACCUCAGGUGGACCACAUCGUAUGGCCGGAUGGAAGGAAGAUCAUACUGCUAGCAGAGGGUCGUUUGCUAAAUCUGAGCUGCUCCACUGUGCCCCCUUUCGUCCUCUCCAUCACCGCCACCACCCAGGCUCUGGCCCUCAUUGAGCUCUACAAUGCCCCGGAGGGACGUUACAAACGAGACGUCUACCUUCUGCCCAAAAAGAUGGACGAAUAUGUGGCGAGUCUUCACCUCCCUGGGUUUGACGCUCACCUCACUGAGCUAACUGAUGAGCAGAGCAAGUACUUGGGCAUCAGUAAACAUGGACCCUUUAAGCCUAACUAUUACAGGUGA